AUGGUAAUUUUCAAUGAAAUUUGGAAUGAUCAAUCGGGGGCGAGUAUGAAGUUCGAAUCUCUAGAUGAGUCGUCCCAUGGGGAAGGGACUGACCGAGUCUUGCUAUCCUGGGUACCAAAUGAUGAGACUAGAGCUUUGGUAGAGGAUGCUUGUCUCGCCCUGCGGGCCUCACCGCAAGCUAGAACAAUGGAACAGUACGAGUUGGGCCAUAAGCUCAUCUCCUUGCGGCCAACAGACUAUGCAGGGUAUCGGCUUAUUUUACAGUGUGUUCGAUUGGGACUCGUAAGCCCGCAGCAUGAGCUGGACAGAAGUGCUGUGAUUGCACAAGCCUCCAGUAAGAACUUCCAGGUCUGGCCACAUAGAUAUGCUCUGAUGCAGAUCCUUCCCGAAGAAGACCGCAAAAGUUACUAUGAGCUGCGGGAACGGUCCCUUGUGUGCAGCAUACUAUCUAUGGACAGUAAGAACUAUCAUGUCUGGAAUUACAAAAUGAGCUUGACAAAUCUUUUAAAUAAUUUAGAUUGGAGGGAAGAGCUACAGUGGGUCGAGCAGCUUUUGGAGAACGAUCUGCUUAACAACAGCUAUUGGGCAUAUAGGCUUAUGUGCGUGAAGAACCUACUAACUUCCGGGGAGGCAGCUUACGAGGAUGAGUUUUCCUUCGUGGAUAGUGCGCUCUCUAAGACGCCUGCAAACCAAGCCAUCUGGGACUACCUCAGAGGUCUCUAUGACUGGGUCACUACCGAGGGUGCAGGACAAGGAGGUCUGUCACAGAGGAGCACAUUAGAAGAACUGUACAACCUUGUCCUUCAAUACACAAGUCCACCUGCUGUUGUCCCCGCAGGUCUAUAUCUAAGGGUUCUGUUGUUACCUUUACACCCCGAAGACACAGAUAGGUUGAAAGGGCUCCUAGACGAGUUGUCCGUCUCCCAUCCUACGACCCGACUGUGGACCCUUAUGACUAAGUUUGCGUUCAAAUUAGUUGACAACACGUAA